UCUAGUGUUGAUUCGUACGCCCGUGUCAGUGCAGUCUAUCAUAAAAAAAUGGAGUGGCAUACGCAAAAUAUGGUGAUAAUCUCGUAAGAGCAGUCGUCCCGUGUGCCUCAAAAGGAAAAUAAAAAAAAUCGACAAAUGUCACAUCUGUUAUCACCUCUCCAUGGAUUAGAAAUGUCACGUCGAGAACGUUCCGUUGAAAUUCGUUUCGUUUGACCAAUAAGUGCAUCCAUGGAAGAGUGUAUUUGAACGGUGCUCCAAUCCUCCAUUCAAUUGAAAAAAACCAAGUGAAAAUAAAUCGUCACUAGGUCCCCCACGCAAAUCGGUCAGCAGUAGUUGUGAAACAUCACGACAACGUUGUAACAGGUCUCCAACACGUAGAGUGACACGGUGAUAGCCAAAAUGAAUCAGGAAACAGUGUAUGGUACUCACGAGGACAGCCAUGUGGUGAUGUCGGAAAAAGUUCAAUCACUGGCUGGGAGUAUUUAUCAGGAGUUUGAGCGAAUGAUAGCCAGAUAUGAUGAGGAUGUUGUAAAAGAAUUGAUGCCCCUGCUAGUCAAUGUUUUGGAGUGUCUCGAUAUCGCUUACACUGAGAAUCAGGAGCAUGAAGUGGAGCUAGAGCUAUUGAGGGAGGACAAUGAACAACUGGUAACGCAGUAUGAGAGAGAAAAACAACUGAGAAAAACAUCUGACCAGAAACUCCUGGAGCUGGAGGAUGUAGCGGAGGAUGAGAGGAAGCAAUUACUGUCGAAAAUGGAUAAUUUGGAGUCUAUUCUCCGGAUGUUAGAACUGAAGAGUAAAAAUUCACACGAUCAUGGUACAAAUGACAAUGACUCCAAUUCUUGCCCUCACAGAACACGAUCCUACAUGGUUCGCCUGGAGGAGAAAGAAGCCGAGUUGAAGCGUGAAUAUUCACGUCUUCAUGACAGAUACACCGAAUUAUUCAAAACCCACGUUGAUUAUAUGGAGAGGACGAAGAUGCUGGUUGGAAGCACUGAGAGAUUAGAAAAUACAACUGGCGGUCGUGGCCCUGCACGAUUACCAGCACUUGGUCUUGCCCAUAUGUCCAGGAGUUCUGGACCUCUCAGUUAUGGAUUCCAAAGUUUAGAGACCAGUAUGACUGCCGAGGAUAUUCAGGAGGAGUUAUCGACUAAUGGAGCUAGUUUAAAGUCCGAGAUGCAGGACAGCAGUAGUGAAGCAGUACCUGAAACCUCGGAUAAGAGUCAAUUGACUGAUCAACCGGUACAAGAGAAUAAGACAACUGCCGUUAGUAGACCAUUCAUAGAUGAAAGUCCUGAAACAGAAAUACCACCUGUCGUUGUUACACCAACAACACCAACCAUUGAUAAAUUUGGUUCAACUCCAAGUGGUCGCAGCAGAACUGAACGAGAGCAACGAAGCGGAAAUACCCUGUAUCAGGAGCUCAGUUUCCAAGAUGCUGAUGCAUUAGGGGAGAUGGACGAGGGUGCAGACAUAACUGGCAGUUGGGUUCAUCCAGGAGAAUAUGCGUCAUCGGUUAAUGACAACUUUUUCGGAAUGGGAAAGGAAGUCGAGAAUUUAAUUAUGGAGAAUAAUGAACUCUUAGCGACGAAAAAUGCUUUAAAUAUCGUGAAAGACGACUUGAUAGUAAAAGUUGACGAGCUAACUAGUGAGCAAGAAAUUUUGCGAGAGGAAGUACGAGGAAUGCAACAAGCGAGAGACAGGCUUCGUCAGAAAGUAGCGGCACUUGAAGAAGAAUUGAAAAAAACCAAAGAGGAGGCAGAAUUGGCGAAAGCCACGAAGAGUGACGACGAGGAAGACGUGCCACUGGCUCAAAGGAAGCGAUUUACCAGAGUGGAAAUGGCUAGAGUACUUAUGGAGAGGAAUCAGUACAAAGAGAGGUUUAUGGAGCUUCAGGAGGCUGUGCGAUGGACUGAGAUGAUUCGAGCCAGUAAAACAGAUCCUGCUAGUAUUUCAGGGGGAAAACAAUCUGUCUGGAAGUUUUUUAGUAAUCUCUUUACUGGACCAGCAGACCGAGGGGCUAUACCAAGGGGUCCUCACACAUUACCCCACAUUCGUUACAGUGCCCCAACGAAUCAAGUCGUUCCAGCACCACCGCUGGACGCAAUGCGUCGACGUACAUUGAAAAGUCGCCAGUAUUUACUGGAUCGGGAAGACAGCAUUAUUUUAGAGAAACGUGCAGCACGUCUUGCCAACGAAAGGAAGGAGCAGUAUCGCCAGGUGAGAGCACACGUGCGUAAAGAGGAUGGAAGAUUACAGGCGUAUGGAUGGAGUUUACCUGGAAAACCGAGUGCACCAGCUAGACAACCUGUCCCAGUUCCAGUCUACUGUCGCCCACUUCAAGAAACCGAACCAGGAAUGAAGAUUUGGUGCGGAGCUGGGGUAAAUCUAAAUGGUGGAAAGACUCGAGAUGGUGGUCUAGCAAUCGGUGGAAGUGUAUUUUACGCUGAUGAAGCACAAGAAACCAUAAAUGUCAGAGGGGAAGUUGAGGAUGCUGUUGAGUAUUUGGAUCAAGAGCUACAGGAGAGUGAGCUGCGUCGUCUUGAGGCUGAAAAAAUGGAGCAGCAACUGAGUUCCCUAGUGUGGAUUUGCACAUCAACUCAAAAAAUGUCCAAAGUCACUGUGAUAGACGCCAACAAUCCAGCUGAUAUAUUAGAAGUAUUUAAUGUUUGUCAGAGUCACCUACUGUGUAUCGCAAGCGUACCUGGUGCCAAGGAAAGAGAUUAUCCGCAAAAUGCAAAUAAUUACGCAAUACGAAUAACUAAUGGUGCUUGUGAUAACAAUCUCACUAGCAAACGUGCCAAUGGUAGUCAAAUUGCUGAAGAAGCGAUAGGUGGUGGUAAGAACAGCCUAAACACUGGUGACUCGAAUGAUCGGAGUCAGGCAACUUCAGAGGAGCCAAGUUCCCUGGAGGAAAAGCCGAGUGAGGACUCCGAGAGAGUUACAGACGUUGAUCAAAGCUCAAAUACAGAACCACAAAGUUUAGAAACUAUCGACAGUGAGACAGCUAAUCUGGGAAAAGUUCACUUUGUUAAGAGCAAUUUGGAGGAAACAUCGAGUAAGACAAACGAGGAAGAGGGAGAUGAGAAUGAGGAAAUUUGCGAUACUAAUAUUGAAAAAAUGUCGUCUAUUCAACCUACGAUGUGGCUUGGGGCGCAAAAUGGGGCGGUUUACGUGCACUCGGCUGUGGCUAAAUGGUCGGUGUGUUUGCACACUGUUAAGCUCAGAGAUGCUGCAUUGUCAGUAGUCCAUGUUCAGGGGCGAGUUUUGGUGGCUUUAGCAGAUGGAACAGUGGCAAUAUUCCGCAGAGGAUCAGAUGGACAAUGGGACCUAUCACAACACCACAUCAUCACUCUUGGUAGCCCUCAGCAUUCGAUUCGCUGCAUGACUGCCGUUUCUGGAAAAACUGUGUGGUGUGGUUACAGAAACAAAAUCCACGUCAUUGACCCUGUUCAUAUCACCCUCGAGUGUACCGUGGAUGCACAUCCCAGGAGAGAGUCUCAAGUGCGUCAGCUAGCUUGGCUAGGGGAGGGGGUCUGGGUCAGUAUUCGGUUGGAUUCUACCUUGAGACUGUAUCAUGCACACACUUAUCAGCAUCUUCAGGAUGUCGACAUUGAACCGUACGUUAGCAAAAUGUUGGGAACCGGCAAACUUGGAUUCUCUUUUGUGAGAAUUACUGCGCUGCUCAUAUCUUCUAAUAGGCUGUGGAUUGGGACUGGGAAUGGAGUCAUCAUAUCGGUACCAUUAUCUGAAAGUGCUGGUGGUUCAUUGGCGCUAUCAAGAGUUGGGUAUAGAACAGAAGCACCAGGAGUUGGUGUUCGUGUAUUUGCAUCGGAUUAUGGUGUAACCCUGGGGAGUUUCGUGCCCUAUUGCAGUAUGGCCCAUGCUCAAUUAAGCUUCCACGGACACCGAGAUGCCGUCAAAAUGUUCGUCGCUGUUCCCGGACAUGGCGGACAGAGUGCAAUUUCCGAUGGUACUCAGCCUGCAAUGCUGGUCUUGUCAGGUGGCGAAGGAUACAUUGAUUUCAGAGUUGGUGAUGGCGAUGAAACCGAAGAGGGACUAGAACGUUCUAGCGCAGCUGUACCCAAUCCAGAUGAGCACGGUGAGCAAAGUCACCUGAUAGUGUGGCAGGUUCAAUCACCAUUGCCAAUCGACAUGAAUGGCUAGCCCACACGAGGAGUGUAACUGAACAGCUGUGAAUUUUAUUGCUGAGAAUGCAAUAACUUAACGAAAUGCAGGAAACGAAAAUCAUGUGGAGUGUAGAUAGUGAAUCAUGUCACUCUCAAACAGUUUUGUCUUAGAUAUGAUUAUGUUAAUAUACAAAUGAAGCAUUAAAGUGUGCAGAGAGGCAACGAUUUAACCGAUGAUGACGCUUGAUUAUGCCCGAAGGUAAUGGGAGACAACUUUAAAUCUUUUCGUAGUAAAUUAUUGAUGGUUUUAGAGACGCUUAUGUACGAUAUUUCUUUUUAUAUGAAAAUGGUCCUUGCCGAGUCUUAAUUUUUAGUAUGAAACAAAUUUUUUUAUCUAUUGUCUGGAACACCUCAGAUAGUGGGAGAGGAGCAGAGAUAAUGUAAUUGUUAGCUUGAAUAUGACGGAUAGAGACUAUCGCGCUGAAAGAAACCUGCACGUAGGAUUCUAUUGGAUUCUACCAUUAAUAUAGACUAAUUUGUAACAAAUAUCGACGAAUAUAAAAUAUACAAGAUUACAUUAUUUAUUCAAAUUAUGAGAUGAGUGAUUUUUUAUUGGUUUUCUUGGAUUGAUUAUGGAAUUUCUGUUCUUUAUGAGAACAAUUGGAUGUAUUUGACAUGUUUAUGGUUUUUUAGUUUUAACCGUAAAGAUCAAUGAAGUUGAAAGAAUUCAGGAGACAAGCGCAUUGUUAUAGACAUAUAUUAACUUAUUUAUUUGUUUUGGAUCAUCUGAAUAUACCUGAUAAGAAAAGUAAAUACUGUCACUGAUAUGGGAAUAAAGUAAUCAUGUAAAAUUGCGCGCUUUCUCUUGCUUCGAUUCUCACUCAGUUGUCCUACC